UUACAAAGAAUAGCUUCUUCAUCUUAGUAUACUCAAGAACUUCUUUGAAGAAAUAGCCAACAACAAAAAGCAAACAAGUCAAAAUUAUGAUUUUACGAUUUUUAAUAAGUUUGGUAAUAAUUGGACAAUUUUUUGCGUUGGCGGCAGCAAUAGAUGUUGAAGAUCACAUGUGUUCCGAAGAAACUAAAAUGCCUAAUGGUCAGAUCGUAACGUCACCGAAAUGCUGCUCGGGCUAUGUGAAAAUUGGUAAACACUGUCAACCCUAUUGCGAGAAUUGUCAAAAUGGCAGAUGUAUUCGGCCGAAUGAAUGUGAAUGUCUCGUUGGCUACUUUUGGAAUCAAACCACAAAAGCUUGUCAGCAAGUAUGCCAUUGUGAGAAUGGUUUUUGUCCACAUCAAAAUCAAUGCGUCUGUAAUAAAGGCUAUAGAAAGCCACGACCAACAUCUUAUUAUUGUGAGCCGAUAUGCGAUGAUCCCGAAUGUCCGCCAUAUUCGGUGUGUAGCGGUCCACAACAGUGCGUUUGUUUUAAGGGCUUUGAAAUGAAUCCGGAAACGGGUGAAUGUGAACUAAUAUGUGACAAUGAUGAAUUGUUUCGUCCCGACUAUGAAGCUCAAAAAUGUGUUCUCAAGCAUUGUUCGUGUACCAACACGGGUGGAGGUUAUUGCCUGCAUAAUUAUGAUGAAUGCUAUUGCUAUGAGGGAUUUCGUAAAACCAAUAAAAGCCAUUGCGAACCUUUGUGCCGCGAGAAGUGUGAAAAUGCCGAUUGUGUGGGUUCAAAUGAAUGUCGUUGCUGGCACGGAUACCAUGAAUCCAUUGAUCCACAUGUUUGUGAGGAGGACAGCAUGUGUCGUGGUAAACCAUGCCAUAAUGGAGUAUGUCAACUUAAUGGCAAUUGUAAAUGUAAAAGUGGUUUCAACAAAUCACUUAAUAUUAAAGGACAAAUUAUCUGUGAUACCACAUCGAUGUUUAUUGCCAAAAUAAUGGCUUUAGUAUUGAGUAUACCACUAAUAUUGGCUGCAAGUGUUUUCCUAUACGUAUACAUGGAGGCGAGGAAGAAAAGAAUUAUCAACAUGCCCACCGUGCAAUAUGGCGAGGAUGAUGAUGGAUAUGCUUAUGCUUAUAAUAAUUAAAUAAAAAUAAACGUUCUUGUAAAAAAAAUAUUAAAAUAUAUAUUGAGUUGCGUUAUGAUUGUUCAAAAU